ACAGCUAUACCUGCUGGGAGAAGAACAGGACAGCGGGAGACUGAAGUUUGAUCUUGAAUUUUUGAAAAUGGACAGGAAGCAUGAAGGAGAAGAAGGAGGAGGACCUAGUCCGGACUAGGACUUGUGACUUGCAUUCAUUGUUAUGCGACACCACAGACUCAAAGGCUGCGCGGCUAAAAGAGAGUGAAUGUGAGGCUUGUUUGUUGUGCGCAGCAGGGUCAGACAUAAUCAACUGAGGGUUACUUGUAUGCUUGUGUGCAUGUGUUUGUGUGCCUGUGAAGGUGCAGCACUUUGACAGCGGGAUAAACCCAGUAAAACACAGCGGUGUGUCUCCCUCCCACAAGACUUAAAACAUCACAAGUCUACCGAUCAUAUGAUGGUGCUUUAAAGAGCCUGGAGGGGAUCUGUGAAUGGCGACAUUGGAGUUUGUUACAUUCUUCAGGGUUUAUGGAAUCUUACAAAAUGAUCAACCUUGAUACGGCAGAGGAAGACAUUUUAUAGCGAGACAUCCUUUACAGCUACAGCGUCUUUCACCCAAACCACAAACGACCCAGCAACGGAACUGACGGAGAUACGAGCUAAUGGAGGAGGAAAACGUGUGCUCCUCUCUGCCAGAUGUUCCAGAUUCAGUCUUUCAGGAGCCUCGACAAGACUCAUGGACCUCCAUCGACCACCGGUACGUGAAUGGAGAGCAGGAGAGCGCCGAGUGUGGUGACGCAGAGGCAGAGAUAAACCAGACACACGGGAAAGAUCAACUCAAUCUCUCCCCGGCGGCAGGUCGAGAGGCUUCUGAGGAGGCAGAGGAGUGGGAGCAGAUACAAUGGUCGAUGCAACCCAUGCCCUGCAGCAGUCCUCCACUUUCUUUCUGCACAGUGCAGUGGGACAUGCCAGAUCUUUCCGCAGAGGGACCUUCACUCAUGACUGACAGCAGCUCGGCCAAUGAGCCGGACUCUGGUGCCGUGACGAGUGGAGAGACCACUUCCCCAGCCCUUCACUCAUCUGAAGGCGUGAACGCUGAGCUCCUCACACAGGGUGACAGAGGGGAAGAAGAUGGUUUUAAUUCACGGCUUCUGAACUCAAAUCUAGAGUGGACAGGAAACAUCUCAGAGCCAUGUGAUUCUGCAGAUGUGCUGCCGACUCAGGAAAGGGAAGGUUCACCACAUGAGCUGUCAGACAGUAAUAACGGAAUCUUACUGAGAACAGAGGAAGAGGAAGAGGAGGCACACUCGGCAGCGUCAGAUCCUGUUAACUCUGUGGACUUACUCGACAUUCUUAGAGAAAUCGAUGGCUCCGAAGAUGAAUCGGACAGUUUCGUAAAUUUAAAACUAGAAGAGCAGGAGGAGCCCGCCGUUUUGCUGACUCCGCAGGGAGACUCUGAGGAAGAGCAACCUUCAUCCAAUGGUGUUGAGAACGAGGAAGAAGGCGAGGGGGAAGAUAAGGAGCAGAUAAACGUGUUGUGCUCCGAGGAAAGUGAAGAAGCAAAAGCUGCCAGCUGUCUGCAUGAUGUGGAGCUUCUUGCAGAGCCACUAGAAGCCGCUGACUCUGGACCAACCGUACACCCAGAUAAGAUAAUUGAUCUGCAGCAGUCGGAGCUCUUGGAAGAAAGGCGGUACUCUGGGACUGAUGAGGACAUAGAGAUAGAGGAACGGUUACAUGAAGAUCCCACAGCUCGGACUGAAGAGCCAGAAAUGUGCGAAGGUGUAAAUCAGGACUCUGAACAGUCACAGGCUGAGGACAACAGCGAAGGAGAGUCAAAACUUGCUGAAAAUCAUACAGAGAGCCUAGAAAAAUCACCGGAGAUAGUGGAGAAACUGGAGGAGACAAGUUGUUUAGAUCAACGUGAUUGUGACCAAGCCAGAUUACCAGAUUUAGUGCUGUCCUCUCAGCCGGAAGACGCUGAGUCCUCUCAGCUGGGGGUGACUGAAGAGUCAGAGCAGAUUCAAGCAGAGGUGUCUCAAGACUCUGACCAGUUAGGACAGUCACAACAUCUGGAACCAGAGAUGACAGGAGAGUUAACUCAACCUGAAAAUGCAGAGCUGCCAGAGGACUCCACUCAGUCAGAGCAGACAGUUUGCGUUGAAGCUGAAGACCCCGGGGAGACGGAGCGGCGAGAACAGACGGAGCCAUCAGUGCAGAAUGAGCAGACGCUGCAAACGAGCGACUUGUCUCGGCCGGCGCUCUCUCAGCAGGCUGUGCGGCCAGAGACAGAUGAGUCAGAAACAACAGAGCAGCUGUCUCCAGACACCCAGGUCGAGUUCAAUCAGGUGGACAAACAGGCGGAGACGUCACAUCAGGGCGACCAGGACGGAGGUGCUAAGGAUGGAGCGGGGCAAACAGUCGUAGCAAAUGGAGAGCAACCACCUCCUGUGACGGCAGCGCCUCAAAUGAACAUAGACGAGGUGAACAGAGAGAUGGCCCGCCGCCUCGCUCUGCGGCUCUUCAAGUUGGAGGAUGUCCAACGUGCAGAUGUGGUGAAGCACUUAGACAAAGACAAUGACUUCAGUCGUGCUGUCGGGGAGGAAUACCUGAAACUCUUUGACUUCACCGGGGAAACUCUCGAUCAUGCCCUGAGAUCUUUUCUGAAAGUGGUGGUGCUGAUCGGAGAGACGCAGGAAAGAGAGCGCGUGCUGCAGCAUUUCGCCUGCCGCUUCCAGCAGUGCAACCCCGACACCUUCACCUCCUCAGAGUCUGUGUUGGCUCUCACGUGCGCUUUAAUGCUUCUCAACACUGACUUGCACGGGCAGAAUGUAGGAAAAUGCAUGUCCUCGUCUAAAUUUGUGUCUAACCUGGAUGGGAUGAACGAAGAAGAAAACUUCAGCAAGGAUCUCUUAAAGAGUCUUUACAAUUCAAUAAAGAGUGAGCCGCUGGAGUGGGCUAUUGACGAAGAGGAGUUGAAGAGCUCUGUGCUGACGGACGAUGACACCGGAGUAGAUGCGCCGCUGCGUUCAGAAGCCAACCCCUUCCAGGACGUUCCUCACGACAAAACGGCCUCUGUGGUCAAACAGGGGUUCCUCCAGAGGAAGCUGCAUGCCGACAUCGACGGCAAACGCACUCCGUGGGGGAAGAGAGGCUGGAAGACUUUCUACGGGGUGCUGAGAGGAAUGGUCCUCUACCUGCAGAAGGAUGAUUACAGGAAGGAGCAGCCGACUAGCGAGGAGGUGGUGGUGAGCGUGCACCACUCUCUGGCCGAGCAGGCGGCCGGCUACAACAAGAAGCCUCACGUGUUCCGCCUGCAGACGGCCGACUGGAGGGUGUUCCUCUUCCAGGCCUCAUCCAAACUGGAGAUGUAUUCGUGGAUCGGCCGCAUCAACCUGGUCGCGGCGCUCCACUCCUCGCCUCCGUUCCCCGCCGCCGUCGGCUCUCAGAGGAAGUUCUUCAGACCGGUCCUCCCCUGCUCACAGUCCGCUCUCACCCUGGAGCGUCAGCUGAUGUCUUAUGCAGGAAUGCUGGUGUCCUUUAAGGAUGACUUGUCGUACCUGCAUGAGAACCUGCCAGAGGGCAGAAAGGCCAAAGCCAGGGAGCUGGAGGAGCAUCGUGUCAGGGCGGAGUACCUGCAGCAUGAGAUGUGCCGCUAUGAGAUCUACAUCAAGUGCCUGGAGGCAUGGAAGGCAUCGAAUAAGACCGGCACCAGUGUGUUGAACAUCACAGACCUGAAGCAGUUUGAUAAAGCUGUGUUUGCAGACUCUGUGGGGGACGAGGAGGAGGAGGAGGAGGAGGAAGGCAGGCUGAUAAAGUCCCACUCCAGCCCCUCUCUGGACCUGGAGAUGGCCCUCCCGACGGUGAUCAAAGUCAGACGUAACAUCUCAGAAAGACGGACUUACCGCAGGACCAUUGUUCCUCGAUGGAAUAAAGAGAACUAAAAGGUAUUUUUAUGACCGAUAAAAAGAAAAGCAGAUUUUAGAAACAUGCUGGUGGGACUGUUAUUUUGUGGAUAUCUGCCUCAGGAGGUUUUUGUUCUGCACUUUUACAAAAAGAAACCUCAGGGAAUCCAAAACCCUCAAUCUCUCUCAGGAUACAAAGCGGGAACCUGACUCAUUGGCUGAGCGACUCAAAAUGUCUGGACAUAAUUUAUUUCGCUUUUUGUCUUAACUCUGUUUUUUUAUGGUACUCAAAAUGGUACAACUUUGCUUUCAUUUGUUAUUGUUUUUUACCUAGGGCAAUAUUCUGCCUUUUAAAAUGUCAACCACUAGAGGUUGCUGUAGUACAACAGAACUGUGAGUGAGUGACGGGGACAGGAUGUUUUAAAAACAGAAUCCAUUGCACUUUUAUGGUUUGUAAUAUGUGUAUAAUAUUUGGAUGUCUCUGUUACAUAUUGUUUUUAAAUGAAGGGUUUAUUUCCAAAAUGUGAUGUAUUUUUUUUCGUCUUAGGUCAAAAUAAAAUGUUACUUCUA